AUGGACAAGACCGACAAGUCCCAGCCUGUCCAGGCGUCUCACGCUGAGAAUGCCCAUUCCCACCCUCAAACUCAGCAGCACCAGCGUGGGCGUGUUGCCGGUGGAAAGUACCUACAGGAGCUCUACGAUGACCAUGCUUUUGCUCCCAACGAUGGUCCAAUUCAAAAGGUCGACGUCGAUAUGCCGCUCACCAUGACGGAGACGAUAUACCACAACGGGAAUCAAUACAUUKUGCUGGACUUUGCAGAGGGAGACAAAGAGAACCCUUUCAACUGGAGUCCGAAGCGAAAGGCGUUCAUCUCCCUGCUUCUCUGCCUCAUGACUCUGUUCAUCGGUCUGGCAACCACAGCGUACAGCUCAGGCAUUUCCAGAAUGACAACAGAGUUCGGUGUCUCCUCUGAACUAGGCCAGCUCGGUCUAUUCACGUUCAACUUCACCUGUGCCCUGGCUCCGCUCUUCCUAGCCCCCUUCUGCGAACUCGCCGGCCGCCGGGUCGUCUACGUCGGCGCCUACGUCCUCUUCGCGAUCAUGUUCAUCGGCCUCGCGCUCGGCCAGAACAUCGCGACUAUCAUCGUCUGCCGCGCCCUGCUCGGCCUCUUCGGUUGCGUCGGCACCAUCCUCGUCGGUGGCACCUUCGGCGACAUGUACACGCCCAACCAGCGCGCCGUCCCCAUGGCCACCUUCUCCUACGUCGCCAUCCUCGGCACCGUCGGCGCCCCCAUCUACGCCGGCUUCAUCGACGAGACCCUCGGCUGGCGCUGGAUCGAAGGCAUCCAGGGCCUCGCCAACGUGCCUCUCGCCAUCAUCAUCGCUCUCUGUCUCCGCGAAACCCGCGGCAGCGUCACCCUCGCCAAACGCGCCAAGAUCCUCCGCCAGCAGACCGGCGACGACCGCUACGUCACACAAAAGGACCUCGAGGCGCCCGGCAUCAAGGAAAUGCUGCACAAUUCCUCCGUCAAGGCAAUCCACAUGCUAGUCACCGAGCCCGUCGUCCUCGCCUUCGGCCUCUGGAUCUCCUUCGCUUGGUUCCUCACAUUCCUCUUCCUCUCCGUCAUCCCCAUCACCUUCCAAGAGAAGAAAGGCUGGAGCGAGGGCGUUGCUGGUCUACCGUAUAUCGCUCUCUGCAUAGGCACGACCAUCGGCUUCGCGCUCAACUUCCUCCAAAUCCGGAAAUACCGCUCCAUCGUCGCCGAUCCCGCCCGCGAGACAACGCCCGAAGCCCGCCUCUACGGCGCCAUGCUCGGCUCCAUCUGGCUGCCUAUUGGCUUAUUCAUCUACAGCUUCACGCAGUACAAGGAGUUGCACUGGAUUGCGCCGGUGAUUGCACUGGUCCUCAUUACGGUCGGGAUUUUCUUUAUCUUCGAGAGCUGCUACAGCUUUACUUCUGAUUGCUACGGGGAGAACUCGAGCUCCGCGAUUGCGGGCCAGGGGUUCAUGCGGAAUACGCUCGGUGCGGUAUCGCCGCUUUUUGCCUCGCAGUUUUUUCAUAAUGUCGGCAGUCAGUAUGCGGGGUUGUUGUUGGCCGUUGUGGCGACGCUGUUGACGUUUAUUCCGUUUGUGUUUUACUGGUAUGGGCCAAGGUUGAGGGCGAGGUCGAAGUUGGCGGCUGGCAUCACGGGCGCCAAGGCUGAGGAGAUUGAGUUGUGA